UUUACUCUGAGACAUAGUAAAUUUAAAAAUAAGCAAAGAUUUUGUAGACUUUAGCCCGUCCGAAAUAUAAUGAAAUGUAUUCUUAGAUCAUUUUGAAUUUUGAUUUAAUUUGUUUGACAUUUUUUAACUAUCAGGGUUCAUAUAACCAAUAUUUUGUGGUAGUUAUAAAACGUGAUAAAAGCAAAAUUUAAUGAAACAUAAUAUAAAUAAAUAUUUGAAGAAUUGAUAACAUUGAUUAGUAAUAAUUGUAUUUAAAAUCUUAGAGAUACAAUUAUAAUUGACACAUAAUUGUAGAGAGGCUACAAUUAUCGGUUGCUUAUAAAGUUUUGUAGGUGUAAAAAAUGCUGAUAAUUUAAUAAAUAACUUCAUUAAUAUUUGAUGAUGUGUUUUUUAAAUACAUGUUUGUAUUUUCAUUUUUUAUAAAUUAUAGUUUUAAAUGAAAUAUAGUACAAUUUUUACUUCUUAAUAAUAAAACACAGCUAAGAUUGGCUACUGAUAAUUACUUUGACUGACACUUUAUCCAACAUGGAUGUACUUGAUGAACUGACAUUGCCAGAUAAACAACCAUGUAUUGAAGCCCAGCCGUGUUCAAUAUUAUAUCAAGCUGAUUUUGAUACUAACUUUGAAGACUGCAAUGGUUUUGUAACUGGUAUUGCCAAGUACAUCAAAAAGCUACUAUGCACACUAGUCUUGUUUAUCAUCUACUCAACUUUACAUGGUGAGAACUACGUUGGAAUCAUAAUAAAUUGAUUAUAAAUAUUUAGAAUCCUUAUAAGAAUGUUGUGAUUUAUCACAGUUAUGGUAUCGUGAAUUUUAUUUAGAAAUGAUCAUGGCCAGAUGAAUUCAAAAAUGUACUGUCAAACAUCAGAAUAAUGAAGAAUUCAGUGAUCUUAUUACUAUAUAAAACAGAAGCUCCUUAUGGUCGUAUUACCGUAUAUGUUUUAAAUUAUGAUUUUUUGCCGAUAUAUUGUUAUAAUGAUGCUACAAACCGUUUUGUGAAGUGUAAAGGUUUGAAUUUCACACAAGAUGUUCAUAGAGACAAACCUCCACAAAUGGGUCAUCAAUAUUUGUGGGAAAGUAAACAAUUGAAACUUGCAUACACUGCUACUUAUGGACAAUAUAAUGGGUUUAUUGGAAAACCUCAUUUUCGAACUUUGUGUAAGAUGCUCGGUUAUCAAGGCUUUGCAGUAGUAAUGGAAGAGUUGUUAAAAAUUGUAAAAUCGUUAAUUCAAAGAAAUCUUGAAAAAAGGAAAAGGAAAUUUGCAAAGACAUUAAUGGAAGCCAUGCCUAGACAAUGCGAAUUACCUUGAUAUGAUUAUGGUUCAACUGGUGUAUUAGGCUAUUAUCAUGCUCAAUUAAAUGAUAUUGUUCAAUAUCCCGAUGCCAAAAUAGAAUUAUUCCAUAAUUUUUGUGAACUACAGUGACGAGCUAAAGUGAACACAAUUUCCAACAUUUUUGGAAAAUUGGCAUUUUUAAAACUAAAUAUAAAUUCAAUUUAAUAAAUUUUUGAAUCCACAUUCUAGGGAUUAAAACAAAAGUUUACGCACAAAAAAUAAUUUAGAAAAAGAUAAUAGGCCUAAGAGUUCAUUUAUUUAAAAAUACUCACGUAUGCACCUGCUAAGUGUCUUUGACUUGUUAUUGUUGGGGCGUCUGGAGAAAAGAAAUUUUUCACUCUUGAUUUGUUUACAUUUCUUUCUAUUACAAAGAAAAUAUGAAACUUCUAAUUUAAUCAGUAUGAACCAUUCUUUCGCAGUGAAAGGAAUCAACAUGAAAAUUACUCCUCAAAAAAUGACACAAAUUGUUUCGAUGCUAAAAUCGGGUCAAUCAAUCAGAGAAGUGGCUCGACAGUGUGGGGUCAGUCAAGCAGCAGUGCAAAAAAUAAAGGUUGUCCUAACGCUUCACUCCGACUAAAAGGAAGACCUAAGUGUACUAUCCCAUAAGAUUGACGAAGACUUGCUCACUUUUUACAAGCAGGAGAAGCAUCUUCAUCUUCAAUAGCAACCAAUCUGUUGCAACAACAUACGGAUAAAAAAGUGAGCAAGUGGACAGCCUUGAGAGUUCUCAAGGAAAAAAAUUUUGUGUGUGCCAAAAAAAAGAAAAAAACCGCAAUUUCCAAAAAAAUAUGAUGACCAGACUAAAGUUAGCUAAAGAUCAUAAACACUUGACAGAAUAAGACUGGAGGAGGAUAAUAUGGUCGGAUGAAACCAAAAUUAAUAUAUACUGCUCUGACGGAAGGUCCUGGUUCUGGAAAAAGACUAGCGAGAGCCUCAAACCUUCCUAUGUGAAGCAAACGAUCAAACAUGGUGGAGGUUCUGUCAUGCUAUGGGGCUGUUUUACUGCGUAUGGACCUGAACCCAUUCAUAAAAUUAUAUUUACUAUGGAUCAAUAUAUGUAUAAAAAUAUUCUAUCAAGAAAUUUGUCAGGUGUGGUUGCAAAAAUGCCAAUACCAAUACCAAACGAUGAAGUCAUUUCCAACAGGAUAAUGACCCCAAGCAUAGAAAGUUAAACUUAUUUAAUUUUUUUGCUUUUUGAAGUUGAGAAAAAUAAUUUUGAAA